AGUAGAGCGCGGGCCCUAAUUGGGUCCGCGUAGCUCAAAAUGAGCAUUAAAUACUCUAGGACUCUCCAUCCAAGCCAUGGCCCCUCCUGGAAAUAAUAGACAGGGUAUAUCCCUCAAUAUUUGUGAGGCUAGCCAAGUAAAAUAUGCACAUCUAUCUUUACCUAAAGAUAUGAAAUAUAUUUAGCUAGCCUAGUUAAGCCGCUCUAGAUAAAUUGUAUUAAUCUAAGUAAGUUCCAGGUAAUACUUAAUGCCCAUAUUAGCUAUACGAAUAAGAAAAAAUGUCAGAUUCUGAAAAGUGAUGUCUCUAUUUUUAAAUCUUUUAGGUUUGAAUAAUCUGUUCUCUGCUGCCAACUGCUUCCUUAGUUGCCAGCAAAUCAGUCAAAAGGUAGCUAGAUAUGCUUUUUAAUUGAAAAGCAAAGAAUGCACACUGGCGUGGUAAAUUAUGGAAAUUCUAAAUAGUAUUGAGCGAAAAAGGAGUGAUUACAUGAAAGUGUAACAUAAUCAUAAAGAAGCUUAUUAUGAUCUACACUUUGACGACGGCAUAUUAGUUUCGUCCGCAAACUAAAAUAAUGAGCGCUUUUACUAAGCAAUAAAGUGAGAAUUUAACGAUGCUCAAAAUUUAGAGAGUGAGAAACGGAUUUAUAUAUUUUGUUGAUGUCAGCAAAUUACAGGUCUUUUCUGUGUUGCCUGCAGGCUCGAACCAACAAGGUGCACAGUGCAGAAAAUCGAAAGAUGAAGGUGGAAAUCAUAAGUGCUCGCACAAAAGAAGUAUUACACACCUUAGAAGAUGCCUCGAUUUAUACCACAAUUGAAGAAAUUAAGAUAGCCUAUGAAAAAGUUAAGCCAAAGCUUUAUCCCUCAAGACAAGCAUACAGAAAAGAACCCCGUGGAAAAAUUCUAAGCAAUGAUGCAACACUGCGGUCAUUGGAGUUUGACAACACUGCAAGGCUUUACUUUAAAGACUUGGGUCCACAAAUUGGUUGGAAAACAGUUUUUCUCACAGAAUAUGCUGGACCUUUCUUCCUGUAUCCUCUGUUUUAUGCACGGCCAAGCUUUAUUUAUGGCUCUGGAGCUAGUGCAAAGGCAAUCCACCCAUAUGUUCAUAUUGCGUGUGCAUGCUAUGUUUUUCAUUAUGGUAAAAGGCUUGCAGAAACACAUUUCAUUCACCGAUUUUCCAAUGGUACAAUGCCCAUAAUGAAUCUUUUCAAGAAUUCUAUUUACUAUUGGGGUUUUACAUGUUUCAUUGCCUAUUUUAUUAACCAUCCCUUAUACACCCCAGCAUCUUUUGGUGAUUUGCAAGUUUAUGCCAGCCUAGCUGGUUUUAUUUUUUGCCAACUUGGUAAUUAUUCCAUUCAUGUUGCCCUGCGAAAUUUAAGACCUGAAGGAACAAAGGAAAGAAAAAUUCCCAUGCCAACGUCAAACCCCUUUACAUGGUUGUUGAAUCUAGUUUCAUGCCCGAACUACACAUAUGAAAUUGGUUCAUGGUUUUGGUUUACUGUUCUCACCCAGACAGUAAUGUCUGGUGUAUUUACAUUUGCUGGUUGUUUUCAGAUGGUUCUUUGGGCAAUUAAAAAGCAUAAAAAUUACAGAAGAGAAUUCAAAGAUUACCCACGUAAAAGAAAAGCAAUCAUUCCCUUUGUUAUAUAAAUUCAUUAGUUUACUGUGAAAAAUAAACAAAUUGUAACUUGUUUUUUUACCGUUUUAUAUCCUGAAUACAAUAAUUGUACUUUA